UGCUAUGGAGAUUACCGACUAGAGACAUCGUUUUUUAGACAGGGCCGUUUUUAUCAAAAAUAAAGAUCUAAUGGGGCAACACAUGAACAGUAGCUAAUAAAACCAAACGUCUGAAGUACUAUGCAAACAAGAUCUGCAACCAAAAAACAAUCAUACUCAAAAAAUCAAAGGAAAAUAACUGAUUUCCGAACCAACUCGGUGGCCAAAAAAGUAAACAAAGACAAAAUGGCGGAAGGCGGAAACAAACAAACCGAAACUGAACUCUUCAGCGAAGCUCUGCAAGAGCUACCAAGAAAUGAUGACCUGAAAAGGAUGCUCAUAGAGAUUAUAGACGCUAGAAUAAAUCCUAUAAACGAAAGUCUGGCAAAUAUUGAUGAAAAAAUGACGAAAUUCGAAAAAAUCGAAUCAGACAUUGGCGUCAUGAAAAAACAAUUGAGCGAGAAAACCAAGAAACUGACCGUGGACAUAGAGCAAAAUAAGCGCAAUAUUCAACAAACCGAAGAGAAAUUAUUACGACUAGAUCUCCAGAGAAGGCAAACAAACCUGAUAAUCGACAAUAUAGAGCAGAAAGGAGGCGAAAAUGUAAUAAAAACAGUCGAAACUUGCCUGGGAAAUAUCGGUUGCG